ACGGAGGAAUCCGAGAUAGCCGAUGUAUCACGAUUGGCGUUCAGAUUGAUAAAUUAAUUUAACGGGAGAUCCCGGAGAUAGUCGAGUCAUCCGACUGCCUAUGUCAUUAACAAGAUUAAAACAUAUUUUAGCGCGACAAUGUGACCCACACGGCUUUAGAAAGCAGACGAAAAUGGAGUGCUUUAUAUCAGCAGAGAAUGUUAAAUCGGUUUUAACUUACGAUAGAUUAAUAAGUGCUAUGGAAAAAGCUUUUAAAAAACUUCAAGAGAAGCAAGUUCUACAACCAGUUCGGAUUGUUUUACCUGUUGCAAGUGAAAAUGGUUUCUUUGGGUUGAUGCCUGCCAUGUGUGAGGCAGAGGAGGUGAUGGGCACUAAGCUGGUCACUUGGUACCCACAGAACACAGGCAGACACGGGGUGCCUACCCACCAUGCCAUCAUUGUACUAUUUAACAAGAACACAGGGAUACCAAAAGCUAUCAUGGAUGGAGAGGUCAUCACAGCCAUGAGGACGGCAGCAUGUUCUGCUGUAGCCACAAAGUUCCUAGCUCCCCCUAGUGCAUGCAAGCUGGCCAUUCUUGGAGCCGGUGUACAGGCUAGGUCUCACUACCACGCACUGAUAACUGUCAUCCCUUUCACCCAGGUGACAGUUUGGUCUCGGUCGUUUGCCUCUGCAGAGCUGUGUGCAUCGGAGCUGGGUGCCAUGGCGUGUCAGUCGGUAGAGGAAGCCGUGAGGGAGGCUGAUGUUAUUGUCACGGUUACGGCAUCUACCACCCCAGUACUGAGGCUGGAGUGGGUUAAGCCAAAUGCUCACAUAAAUGGUGUGGGUGCAUGUCGACCCGAUUGGUCUGAGAUAGACACAGAGCUGAUGAGGGCAGCAGUUGUGUAUGUUGACAGCAGAGAGGGGGCACUUGCCGAGAGUGGGGAUGUCAUACUUUCCAAGGCUGAGGUGUACGCAGAGCUGGGAGAGGUUGUCACGGGGGUCAAGGAGGCCAAAAGGGACCAGCUCACUGUCUUCAAGUCUCUAGGGAUGGCCAUAGAGGAUGUGAUGGCAGGAGAGCUGGUGUUGGAGCAGUUAGCCUCACACUCUCAGCCUGCAACCAACUAGCUGUAGCAGGAUGGGUCCAACCAGGUCUUCAGAAGUUCAGUAAUGAAUCGCAGUGUGAAUCCAAUCAGGUGAAAAUGUGAAUAUUAAAGAAAUAUUAAGAAAUGUGUUGUUAAUUGUACAUGCAAUUUAUAAUUAUGCAAUCAUUGUUAUACAAUUAAUAAUUAUGCAAUCAUUGGUAUACAAUUAUUACUAGUAUACAAUUAAUAAUUAUGCACUCAUUGGUAUCAAAACAGUGCUGAAGUUACACACAUUUCAUUUAUCAUCAUGUAUGUAAUUUAUAUAUGAUAUGUAAUGUUGUGAUGGUAGAGUAAUGGUACUUUGUACAUAAAUUUUAGUUUGCAUUUUAAUUUUCAGUAUUACUUGUAUAUUUUUUUCACACAGGUAAUUUAACAUGCAUUGUGUGAAUUUGUAUUUCAGAGAAGCAUUUCAAUGUUUUGUUUUGUUUGUGAAGAUUUUUAUCAUCGCUUAUGUAAUUAAUGUUUCCAAUUUAUUAAUGAUGUGAAUGCAUACAGAUGGUGCUUGUGAUAUACAUUUAAACAGAUUUUUCUAUUGUCGAAUAUUUAUACAGAUUGUGACAGUAAUGUAUAUUGAACGGGUUGUGCUAGUGAUGUUUAUUUAUACAGAUUUUGGUUACAAAUAUUUAUACAGAUUGUGACAGUAAUGUAUAUCAAACAGGUUGUGCUAGUGAUGUAUAUUUAUACAGAUUUUUCUUGUUACAAAUACAGAUUAUGACUGUAAUGUUUAUUAUGUUCUAGAGAUGUAUAUUUUAGCGAAAACUCCACAAAUGUGUAUGCCAAUAAUUAAUUUUACCAUUUUUAUUGUUGAUACAAUUUGAUGUAAUUUUCAUUUACAAACUAUGUAGUAAAUAUUUGCACAUACUGAAUGUAUUUAUGUGAUUAAGUUAUUAAGUUAUAUUGAAAUUAUUUAUUUACAAUUAAGUACACCUUAUCAGGAGUAUUUUAAUGCCCCUACAAAAUGGGAGACAUUAACAAUUGUCCAUCUGUUCGGUAUUUGUGUUUUCAACACCUCUUCAAUUGCUGGGUGGAUCUUGCUCAAACGUUUACGGCUGAUAGACCUUAAUAUGGAAAUGAUCGUAAGAAGUUUUGACUGAAACACAUUUUGGCAGAAUUAUUGCCCUUGGUUUGUUGUUGUACAGUAGAGUACAGUCGUUCCUAAUAUUUUGUGUUUUCAUGUUCUAAUACUGCUUUGCAGAUUUAACUUAAAACUAUUGCAACUGAAUGACCUUUAAGCAUAAUGAUCAAUAUUGUUAGCUGUGUCCAAUUUUGGCAGAAUCAUUACCCUUUGGCAUUUGUCCACUGUAGAAUAUACAUUUGUUUAACAUUUUGAGCUCAAGUUCUCAAUUAAAUUAAUUUCAUUCAUACGCUGAACGACCUAAAUUUGCGAAUGCUUGUAAAAGAAUGACUUUGGCUGAAGCCAAUUUUGGCAGAGUUACAGCCCUUUGUUUUCUACUUUAGAGUAUUUAGGCAUUGAGAUUUUUCAUGUUUAUGUGAUCAUUAAGGAUAAAACUUUGGCUGCAACCAAUGUUGGCAGAAUUAUGGCCGUUUGUCAUUAUUCCCAGUAUUGAUACAUCUUUGUCAUUUUUCCCAGUAUUGAUACAUAUAGUUGUAUCAAUUUUACAAAAUCCUCUUUAACUGCUUGGCAGAUCAAACUUUCACAUCUGAAAAAACCUUCUUGUGACGAUGCUUGUUAAGGACUUUGAGCUGCAAUAAAUUUUAACAUAAUAUCUGUCACUUUUUUGUUGUUUUUGAACGAUUUGGUUAUAUAUUAGGUUUAUUUUUGGUGGUAGUGUUCUUUAUCCGACUGUUGCUUUGUCUGUAUAAGAAGGAAUAUCCUGGUGGAACCAGUAUCAGGUUGAUGUCUGGUGGAACCAACAUCAGGUUGAUGACUGGUGGAACCAGUAUCAGGUUGAUGUCUGGUGGAACCAGUAUCGGGUUGAUGUCUGGUGGAACCAGUAUCAGGUUGAUGUCUGGUGGAACCAGUAUCAGGUUGAUGUCUGGUGGAACCAGUAUCAGGUUGAUGUCUGGUGGAACCAGUAUCAGGUUGCUGUCUGGCGGAACCAGUAUCAGGUUGAUGUCUGGCGGAACCAGUAUCAUGUUGAUGUCUGGUGGAACCAGUAUCAGGUUGAUGUCUGGUGGAACCAAUAUCAGGUUGAUGUUUGUGGGCAAGGCUGGCAAGAGCCUGUAUUCACCAACUCAUUCAUUGACAUACAAAUAAAGAAUAGAUUAGAACAAGAGCUGUCUCCAUAGGACGACAUAUGCCCCCGAAAAAAUGCUUUGAUAGAAGUUAUGAGCCUUUUUUUUUUAAACUUUACACAGAUUUCGUAACCUAAAAGCGGACCCUAAGUUCAAGGUCAAGGGGGUCCAAAUUUGUAUGCAUAUGGAAAGGCCUUGUCCAUGUACACAUCCAUACCAAAUAUGAAGGUUUCAUCUGAAGCAACAUAAAAAUUGAGCAUUUUUCUAAACCUAAAUGCAGAUUUUGAAACCUAAACGCGUACCCUUAGUUCAAGGUCAAGGUCAAAGGGGUCAAAAUUUGUGUGCGUAUAGAAAGGCCUUGUCCAUAACCACAUGCAUACCAAAUAUGAAGGUUACAUCUGAAGCGACAAAGAAGUUAUGAGAAUUUUUCAAAACCUAAAUGCAGAUUUUGAAACCUAAACGCGGACUCGAAGUUCAAGGUAAAGGUCAAUGGGGUCCAAAUUUGUGUGCGCAUGGAAAGGUCUUGUCCAUAUACACAUGCAUACCAAAUAUGAAGGUUACAUCUGAAGCGAUAUAAAAGUUAUGAGCAUUUUUAGAAACCUAAAUGCAGAUUUUGAAACCUAACGCGGAACCUAAGUUCAAGGUCAAUGUCAAAGGGGUCCAAAUUUGUGCGCUUUUGGAAAGGCCUUGUCCAUAUACACAUGCAUACCAAAUAUGAAGGCUGCAUCUGAAGUUACAAAGAAGUUAUGAGCAUUUUUUAUACAGGCUACCACUGGUGAUUGUCAUUUAAAAAUGUUCUUUAUGAAAACUGAUGUUGAUAGAGAUCUUAAAGGCCAAGUAUGAUUCAAAUGUAAGCUAUUCUUAUUCCAAUUUAUCACUUUCCCACUUAGAAGCAAAGUGAAAAUGGCUAUGUGCAAACAACAUAAAACCAGAACAGCCUGCGAGUUACUUGCAAUCUGUUAAGGUUUUAUGCUAUAUGCUGCUCAUCAGUAUCGAACGGUUGCCUUUAACAUAAUCAUUUGAAUUGAGUAAGAAAGAUCUUUAAUUAAAUUUAACUUUCUGAGGGACUACAAAUGCGUCAAAAUACGUAUCUAAGUGAUAAAGGGUUAAAGAAAAUUCUUUUUUUUAGACUCCAGUCUUAGAAUUGUUUGGGGAAUACAGGCCUUGUCCUGGUUAUAACUGAGUUGCAUGUUGGACUCAAUGCCUUCAAGACAAAACACCAACGUUUAAAAUUUUAUUUUUGUAAAUGACAUUAGUCUAUCUAAGAUAAGAAAAAAUAAUAGAAAUAUAUAAUAAUCUCAUAUAUCUUUAACAAUUAUUUCUUCAUAGAUUCUUAUAUUUUUAAACAUGUUUUUUUCGUACAUCUGUAAAUAAUUGAUAUCAUGUAUAAUUAAAGAAGAAGUGAAAAUAUUAAUCCAUUUGUUCACUACCAGCAGUUUCUCUUACUUUCAUGUGUAAAUUCCAAAAAUAUCAAUAAUUUCAAUAUAUUUUUUAAUGAAAAUGUAUCAACCUUAAUGAGAUAAAAAUAAAAUAAAAUGCAUGAAUUAAGUGUUUUAAACACUAUUUUGGUAUUUUGGUAAAAUCUUGUUGUUUAUUCAAACAGACAUGGAUAGAUUUAAAGUCUUAUAAACAUUGCUUUUUUUCCUUCAUCAAAUUAAUGCAUUAUAUUUCAAAUAUGAAAUUUACACAUUUAUAACACAACACUUGCACAUAUAAGAGUUCAGAAGAACAAAAAAAACUGCUUCGAAAUAGAAACACACUGAAAUUUCUUUUUCUUUCUUCUAUAAAUAUAUAAUAAAGACUAGAUUUUCACAUAGAUCCUUCUGUACUAUAUCACAGUGGUUAGACUUUUUAUAAAGAUAUAAUAGCACAUGAAAUAAUAAAUAAAAACAUAAACAUAUUGUUCAACAAUAUUGCACUAUGUUUGAACUGACCUCAUUGUAUAAAUCAGCAUCAAUAUGUGUUUUAAUGUCAGUCCAAAGAUUCUGUUAUUUUAUUAAACAUUUAAACUGGA